UCCAGAGGCGGAGCUUAACAGUCCAGAACGGAAAUCCUGAGCGUUCGAGCCCGCGGGGAAGCAACCCGGCAACGGACCAAGAUGGCGGCGCCCAGUGAGGGGCUCUUGUUUGCUGCGGGGGUAGAAAAGAAUCGGGGUGCAGUUAUUCGUUCUCCAGAAGGGACCCCUCAGAAGAUUCGGCAGCUGAUAGAUGAAGGGAUUGCCCCAGAAGAAGGAGGCGCAGAUGCGAAAGAUACAUCUGCCACAUUCCAGACAGUUAAUGGAUCACCACAAGCGGAACAGCAUCCAUUGGAAUCUACAAGCAAGGAAGCCUUCUUUAGCAGAGUGGAGACAUUUUCCUCUUUGAAGUGGGCAGGUAAGCCCCCUGAGCUGUCUCCACUUGUCUGUGCCAAGUACGGCUGGGUCACGGUUGAAUGUGAUAUGCUCAAGUGUUCCAGCUGUCAGGCCUUUCUGUGUGCCAGUUUACAGCUAGCUGUUGACUUCGACAGAUAUCAGGAGCGAUGUGCUGAACUGAAGAAAGCUUUGUGUACGGCUCAUGAGAAGUUCUGUUUCUGGCCAGACAGCCCCUCUCCAGAUCGAUUUGGGAUGUUGCCAUUGGACGAGCCUGCUGUUCUUCUUAGUGAAGUACUAGAUCGUUUUCAAAGCCUUUGUCACUUGGAGCUACAGCUUCCUUCCCUGAGGCCGGAGGACUUGAAAACAAUGGGCUUGACAGAAGACAGGAUUAGUCUUCUCCUCCAUCUGCUUGAAGAAGAACUUGAUCACCGAAGUGAUGAGAAGAAAACUGCAACCAAACUCGCCUCUGACAUCCAAGUCCAUGUCACUGCCUGCAUUCUUGCCGUGUGUGGCUGGGCAUGCAGUUCCUCUCCGGAGCACAUGCAGCUCUGUCUGAUGACGUGCUCCCAGUGUCUGAGGAAGGUGGGGCUCUGGGCCUUCCAGCAGAUGGAGUCAUCCAUUACAGACCUGGAGGUCUGCAGUCUGAGCAGCUCCCCCAUCACGGGCCCUGAGGGGCGGCCAGAACGCUUCCCGCUCGUGCCUGAGUCCCCUCGGAGGAUGAUGACCCGCAGCCAGGAUGUCACGUUUUCCCCAGUCUCAGAGCAGGCUGAAAAGAGCCCAGCUCCCAUCAUCUUCCGAACUCGGAGCUGGGACUCAUCCAGUCCUGUUGACCGUCCGGAGCCAGAGGCCGCCAGCCCCACCCCCCGAAGCCGCCCAGUGACCCGAAGCAUGGGAACGGGAGACACCCCUGGCCUGGAAGUACCGUCUAGCCCUCUGCGGAAAGCCAAGCGAGCUCGCCUGUGUUCUUCCAGCAGCUCGGACACAUCUUCUCGAAGUUUCUUUGAUCCUACCUCUCAGCAUAGAGACUGGUGCCCUUGGGUGAGUAUCACCCUUGACGAGGAAACCAAGGAGAGUGGUGGAACUGAGGACAGCUCCCCCAGCGAGCCAGGCUGGAAGACGGUGCUGAACACCCUUUUGGCUCACACCCAGUCCAAGCAGCCUGCCGAGGCCGACUCCCUGAGUCUCUCUGAGAAAUCAAGGAAAGUAUUCCGAAUAUUCCGGCAGUGGGAGUCUUUGUGCUCAUCUUGA